AUGCUCAGAACUCGCUUGUCACUUGUCAGAUUCAGUUUCCCACAGAGCACAUUACGCCGGUGCUUCACACGGGGAAGCGAGGCGAGGAGGCCCACUUGCAACGGUGCACUGCCGAAUACAUGCCACUGGUCAUUGUUGCGACACAAUAGCAAUGGUAGCGAUGCAAGUAAAGGUUCGGCGGCGAUGGAGGAGAUAGCACCAGAGAUGGUGACAAUAGAAAUUCUACCAGUGGAGGGGGAUUAUCCCCUCCAAACUGACGGAGACUGUGACCGCAGCGGUGGGAGUUCGCACAAUAGUCGCGGCAGCGAUGGCAUGACUGGCGGUGUGGACGUUGCAUCCAAACGCAUGCAGCAACAGCAAUAUUGGGAUGUAACGAGCAUCGAUCACUUUUCUAAGAGCCGGGUGCUAAACUACGUCCGCCGGACCGGUAAUCAAUCCGCUAAUGUUUUUGACAUCAGUGAGGAGCAGAUGUUUGGGAAAACGGUCUACCGCGCGCGGUGCAAACUGCCGCUGCCUGCUCCGCAUCAUUUAUACCUAGCUGAAGGCGUAGGUGAGGAUGAGCGAGAUGCGGUAUUACUUGCUGCAAUGCACGCGGAACGUGUGUGUGAUGCGUUGGGUGUUCCGCUUUUCCGUCUACCACUCAUGCAGAAAAAGCAUGCGGAUAAUGCACGGCGGCAGGGGCGUUAUGCACCCAUACCUGGGGAUCCCAUCAAACCGGAGAAUACAAUUACACCACCACCUCUGCGGAUGGUCUCGGUCCCUAACUGUCAGGCGAAGUCAGAAGUAAAACAGGUCUUUUCUUCGUCGAUUGCCGAAGCGGAAAUUAUCAGUGAUGACGGCCCACCUGGUGUCCGUUCUUCUUAUGCAGCUGGAAGGAAACUAGAGUCUGUAAGAACAGCAGCACCUGCAUCUGGCAGUACUCUCCCAACUGCUGUUGCCGAUAAUAAGAAAAAAGAAGAGGAGAUUGAGGAAGAUAUGGAUGGAGGGAGCAGCGAAACUUUAUACCACACGACAGUGCACUACCCAUGGCUCACCCCCAGUGGACGAGAGGGUAUUGGAGAUGGAGUAACGGGGACGGUAGCGGGAUCGAUGAGUAUUCCCCCGGCAUCUGCCGCCUUUGACCCGACAGAGGGUGGGCUGUGGCAGAUGGUUAACACAACUUCUACUCGGUGCUCCCCUUCCCCAGAUGCGCUGUUGUUGCCGUGUGUAUACGAGGCGGCAGCACACGGGCGAAUGAAGGAUCACUUUCUUCAACAAGGAAUGUCCCUCAAGGAUCGCGUAACUUUCACCCAUGUGGCCGUCGCCAAUCACUCGACACGGAUGUACGUAGCGGAACUCUUCCUCCAUGACACUGUAGUGGCGCGUGGCAAGGCACAGACAAAGGAGUGUGCGGAGCAUCUUGCGGCUAUGCAUGGGGAAUUGCUUCUGGAUGCUCUCGCUCGACCUCUUUUCCCUCAGGACCCUGAGCGUCAAGCGCGGCACGCUGAAGCCGUCGCACGGUUUGGUCGUUGGGCCCCAAACCCCAAGACGGGUGACUUGCAACACCCGCGUCUGCACGACGUAUUGCCCUUACCCCUGAAGCAACAAGUGGGUGGUGAUGAUGUGUGGAUGGACCCAAUGGUCUUGCGGCGCUGCGGUUACCAACGCAGCAUGAGUGAGCGAAUGAUAUCUUCACACAUUGAAAUCAAUAACUACUGUGGGGAUUACAUUGAGGCAAACCCCGACCCCGCUCUGUUAGAGGAGGCACGGCGGGCGCUGGAAGUGUGGCAACGUGAUGUUGCCCGCAAUCCGCAUCCCGAUUUGUUUGUAAUCACCCGUAUGGGUGAUCAAUUCCGUGCGAGUACUCUACUUCCUGUCCCCAAGGAAUUUGGCAUUCGUGGGGGAAAUGGAGUGGGAAAAACGAUGGAGCAAGCGAUGGAUUUAUGCGCCCUACAUGCUGUGGAUACACUCUGCGCACUUGGUGUUCCCCUCUUUACAAACCGCAAGAAACAGGAGGCAUUUGUUGAAGCAAGACGGAAAAGGGGGCUCGUAACCGCGGACGUCAUGGGAGGUUUGAAGAAAAAAAACGGACUGGUCGCCAUUAUUGCCCCGUCACUACGAUCAGAGGGUGAUACAGCAUCAGCGAACGCUUCGGUGGGGUGCGCUGUCGGCGCGGGUGGCAGCGAUCGGGUGAAGAAGGAGAGACCCCCUUAUUUGCCUGGUUACAUGGUUGAGGGCAACCAGCCACGACCGCUGCCGCACAUCUGCGAUACGCUUCGUAUAUUACAGCUGCGCAUCCCGGAAGACUUCACGGUGUAUGGGGAAGGGCUUACCGAUGAGUCCAUUAUAGAGGUAGGCAAUGAGGCGAAGGUAUGCGUUCAGAAUUACCUGAGACAGCAUUUACCAAAGAAUGCCAAUGUGAAUGCGUCUGUUUACAUAACGGGCUAUGGCAGGCAGGUUAGCGUUCACAAUAUUGCCUACCUUCCACUUGUUUUGCCGCGACGGAGAGAAGGUGCAGUAGGAAGGGGCAAAGUUGUUGGUGAGGACACAAGCACCAAAAAUUCCACGCCAUCAGUAGCAAAAACAGCGGAUGGUGAGUUAAAAGAAAGAAAUGAAUCAAAGGGUGCGGAAGGCGCCGCUACAACGUCGCUUUGUGUGGCAGGCAAGACAGGAAGUGAAGAAGUUGAGUCGUCUCAGGUCCACAGCGGGGGGACGCAAGAUGGGGUGGAGAACCCUAAAGAGCGUGGGGAACCAACAGAGCGUCUUCUGGCGAUUGGAAUUUCGCUUAAGAAGAAGGACGCGGAGAGAGUGUGUUAUCUUCAUGCUGUUGACAUUCUCCGAAGGAAUGGUGUGGAUGUGCUCUCAACCUACCGUGCGGGGCUUCCACGCCGCAAGGGAUUGCAAUCACCAACACAAUCUCCCUCAACAGCGGGAGAGGAAACGAGGGGCGGUGGUGGUGGUGCGGUGGCAGACGUAGCGACUUCAACCAAGCCCAUGGUGAAGUGCAACGAAGAGUGUAAGAAGCCUCAAACUGGCGGAGAGUCGGGGCAGCCACCAGCACUUCCCAAGCCGUACAUGCAUAAACUCAUGAAAAACUUCAUGGAAAGCGGAAAGCAUUAUACACCACCAAAGCGACGAUCAUCUCCCAGUCCUCACUCACCCUUUUGA